AUUGUUUCUUCAUAUAGCAUGUUUUUUCAAUGGUUGGUGGAUUGAUGACGUUGUGGACUGUCUUUCGGAGAGUCGUUUGAACGUCAACCACGGGCUCCAAGUGUUGUUCGAUAGAUGUUUCAUAUCUAUACUCGAACGGGGACGGUUGGUGGUUCAUAAUUUACUGGAGCAAUUGGCUUUUGAGUUUGUUCGUAAACAGUCUGUUUCUGAUCCUGGGAAACGUCAGUUCUUGGUGGAUGCUCAGGAAAUUUGUGAAGUGCUCGAGGAAAAUGGGCACUGAAACUAUUAGAGGAAUAGAUUUUGACUUAUCGGAGGUCAGGGGAGAAAUAAUUAUUGACGAGCGAGCCUUUGAAGGGAUGUCUAGGCUCCAGUUCUUAAGAUUCCGGAAACGGGGUUUGUAUAACAACACCAAACUUCUCUUACCCCAGGGUCUGAAGUUUAGAGCUAAUAAGCUUAAGUUUCUCGAAUGGGAUCAGUUUCCGUUGACAUGUUUUCCCCGUGAGUUUCAACCGCGGCGCCUCGUCAAACUUAUGAUGACGCACAGUAACCUUGAGAAGCUGUGGGAAGGACCUAUUCCGCUCCCAUGUCUGAAGUUGAUGGAUCUAUCUAAUUCCGACUACCUCAAAGAACUUCCAGAUCUGUCUAAUGCCCCUAAUCUCAAGAAACUGACAGCUAUUUUUUGCCCAAUUCUGUCGGAGAUCUCCUCUAUUGGGAAGUCCACUAGUCUCCAGUAUUUGAAUCUAGCUGGUUGCUCCAACUUGAUAGUGAUUCCCUCUUCCAUUGGGAAUGCCAUUAAUCUCCAGAUGUUGAAUCUCCUGAUAUGCGACGGUCUGGUUGAACUCCCAUCUUCUAUUUGGAGCCUCAAGAAGUUAAAGCAUCUGUCAAUUAUAGGAUGCCCAAAGAUCCGUUUGGGGUCACAGUUGAGAAGCUUUCCUGAUAUUUCCAGUAACAUCACAUAUCUCCAUACGAGUGAUGAAGAAAUAGAGGAGUUUCCUUCAUCAAUCAUGGCUUUUCCGUGUCUUCGUAAACUCACUGCAACAAAUGCCAAAAGUCUCAAGGUGUUUCCAGACGUUCCUGCCACCAUCAAAGUGUUAGAAUUUCAGAACGCGGUAAUAGAAGAAAUUCCUCCAUCGAUUCAGAGUCUCUCACGUCUCACUGAACUAACCAUGUUUGGCUGCCAGAAGCUAAAGGUCCUUCCAACUAACGUCAACCUGCAAUCUCUCUAUUCACUUAAUUUCAGUUACUGCACACAAUUGAGAACGUUUCCAGAGAUAUCUACAAGCAUUGGAUAUCUUAAUCUGAGCGAUACUGCUAUAGAAGAAGUCCCUUCAUCCAUAUGGUCUUGGUCCCAUCUUCUUGAAUUGAACUUGGAAGAUUGCCGCAGCCUUCGGGUGCUCCAUAGUUUUCCUGACAACAUCGAAGAGUUGGACUCGGACUUGAGCGAUACGGGAACAGAUUUCUCAGGUGGUGAUUCGGAGACUGUUCUACCGUUACGUAUAAACCUCAAAGGGUGUAAGAGUCUUGUGUCAUUGCCCCACAUUCCGUAUUUCGUUUCACUCCUUGAUGCAUCUAACUGUGAGUCGCUGAAGAUAAUAGAUGGCUUCUUUACCAAUCCAGAGAGAUGUCUCAGCUUUGCUAAUUGUUCCAAGCUAAGUGAAGCAGCGAGAGAACUCAUCGAGGUAUCGGAUUGCAAGUUGGCGCUCUUACCUGGUAAAGAACUGCCUGCAGACUUUGAUCACCGAGCAAGGGAGGGUGCACUAACUGUCAAUUUGUGUCAGAUCCCUCUUCCUUUAUUCUUCAGAUUUAAAGCUUGCCUUCUGCUGAUUCAUGGCGACUAUAUAGAAAGGAAGGAUUCCAGUAAGAAUUAUAUGUUCGAUGAAUGGAUGGAAGGCAAGGGGCUUUCCUGUCACAUCUCGUGCGUUCAGAAUGGCGUCAAAGUUGGACAUGGAUCCUGCAAGUACCAGCUACCAGCAGUACUUGGAUUUAUGGAGCAUGUGUAUUUCUUGGAAUCUUCCAUUUCACUAAACCUUCCUGAAACAGAUGAGAAUGUCAGCCAGCUUCAUUUUGAGUUCAAGAUCACUGGUAAAUACUGGGAUGUAAAAGACUUUGGUCUACAGCUCUUCGUAGACCCUGAUGUUCGUGAUGACCAUGUAUGCUGUGGUGAUACUUACAAAGAAACUGCGGACAUCAAUAUUAGAGAAAACUUACAUGCUGGAACAAUGUCAAGAGAAACAAUUUAAGAGCUAAGCUUUCUGGAAAGAAGCAACUUAUUGGGUUCUGACAAUGUUUGUGAUAAUAACCAAUUCAGGUUUAUGCAAGUCAAUGGAUGAAGAGUAGAGAGAGCAGAACAGAGUUGGGUGCAUUCGUCCUUGUAGCUUAUCGUUGCAUACAUGCAUUCUUGUUUACAAAAUAGACAAGAAAAGUUUUUUGAAUUUACUUUGACCUCUUUUUUUCUAUGGCAUUAGCAUGAACAUAUCAGUGAGACUAUCUGUUUGUUUGUAUUCCGAAGAAUCUACUGCAAACAACAUUUGUUAAAUUGACAUGUUACAGCACUGUUCUGUUCACUUGGGAACAGGAAUA